UCCCUGUUUCUUCUUUUUCUUCCAUUUUGUCCCUUUGACAAUGUUUUUCAUUCAGUUUUAUAUGGUGAUUGUCGGUACAAAUAAAUAACGAUGCAUGAAAUACUACUUUUAAACAGUUGUGGUAGAGUAUCGGUAAAUUGAAUCCUUUUAAAUUUAUUAAUCUGGUCUAUUCAUGGGUUUUGGAAGGUGAAGUUUGUAGCAAACCUGCGUUCAAUGCCUUCUCAUGCUGUUAGUAUACUGUUGAAAUAAGACGAUUUAUUUUAAUGUUAGGAGCAGGUUCUCCUAAGUAGUUCAGUGUGCCAAUAAUUAUUAGGUCUGAAUACGGAACCAGUUUCUAAAUUCUAAUGUAAAUGUAAAAUUAAUACCUUGACAAUUAAUUAAGCUUGUUAUCCCCAAACCUUUGUUCGUCUCCUUGGCUAAGCAAAUCAGACCUGAUCCCUAGCAGAAUAUGUUGAUGCUUAACCUUCUUCCAAACUGCAUUAAUAAAAAAUAUUUGUUGUUUAUCUUAUGUCUCAGACUAUUUUAGUUUUACAAUCCUUGAAAACUAGAAAUUGCUUGUUAAUUUCUUUUGUUUUUGCCCAUACAUAGCGUCCAUUUCUUUUUAGUGGAUGGCUCUUUUUAGUUCUUCAUUGACUCAUUCAUUAUAGCUGUUAUUUUAGAGCUUCUUAACAUGACAUUGCUGUUAAUUUUGUUCACUUGAAUUGAGUUUGAUCAAGCUGAUGCUUACCCUUGCUGAUAAUGGUUGUCUUUUAUCGCUGUCAAAAGCACAACACCUUAGGCCCGCCAGGAGCAUCAGUCUUUUCAAGCCUUAUCUUAGUUUAUUUCUUUGUCUGUGGGAGCUUGAUCCUCAUCUGUCUGUAACUAGAAAUAUUGUUAAGAUGUCCCUCAAUGACUAGGAAUAUGACCAAAAUACCCUUUAUAAGACUUGGGCAAUCCUCCUCUUUUGAGCUAGCUUUUGGGAGCUAGUUUGGUAAUGGUUUGUUUCGAAUAUAGUUUAGAUACAAGCUUAGAAAUACUUUUGAGAGCUUCUGUAUUGAAAAAUCUUUAUUUUCAAUUGAAAAGCUCUCAAAAGCAGUUCUGGUUUGCAUCCAAAUAGGCUCAUACUAUAUGAUGUUUUAAUGCUUAUCUAGUCUUAAUUCUGGGUCUCCCAAAGAUUUCCAGUUUAGCAAACUUUACACUAGAUGUCUAGUCCUUGGUGUGGCGUGGAAGGUGUGUUAAGAUGUCCCAUAUAGGUGUCUUUCUGUGUGUCCGUCUAUAUAUUGAACUAGAGGCUGGUUGAACAAAAUUUCGGAACUUGAUAAUGGUGCUGCUAAACUUGGCUAAGUAGUAGUAUUUUCUGAAGCUUAGUGAAAAACAAUGAGGAAGCUAAAGUUUCAUGAAAAGAAGCUUUUGAAGAAGGUAAAUUUUUUGGAAUGGAAGAGGGAAGGGGGUCAUAGAGAGAACCUGGUUAUGCAACGCUACCAUAUUACUGGACGUGACGAUUACAAAAAAUAUUCAGGUUUAUGCCAUAUGGUUCAGAAGUUAGUAAACAUAUUGAAACAGAUGGAUCCAAAGGAUCCUUUUCGGAUUGAUAUGACUGAUAAGCUUUUGGAAAAACUCUAUAACAUGGGUGUGAUUCCAACCAGGCAAAGCAUCACACUAUGCGAACGCUUGACUGUGUCAUCCUUUUGUAGGCGUAGGCUCUCAACUGUUUUGGUGCGACUAAAAUUUGCUGAGCACUUGAAAGAAGCUGUCACAUACAUUGAGCAAGGGCAUAUACGAGUUGGUCCAGAGACUGUUACAGACCCAGCUUAUCUAGUAACCAGAAACAUGGAAGACUUCGUUACAUGGGUGGAUACAUCAAAAAUAAAGAGAAAGGUGCUUCAGUACAAUGACAAAUUGGAUGACUAUGAUUUAAUGAAUUAACUGGACAGCUAAAUGUCAGCUUAAUUUGGUUUUGCCAUACAUGAAUCAUGGAGAAGUUUGUUUCCUUUGGCGAGUAGUUUAGACAGGCUUAGAUUUUAACAGGAUUUUUUUAUUUAUAAAAUUCAUACCGAAUUAAGGUGAUGAUGUAAUGGACCAGGAAAUUUAUGAAACAUAAAAAUGUUGUUGCAUGUUUAAAAUAUAUUAUGCAUUUUCGAAUAUAUUGUUUAGGGAUCACAUCUGCCCCCAGCUUGGAUUUCAA